AUGGCUACACUAGCCCCCUUCUCUACGUCGUAUCGACAGCAGCCAAGUAUAGGCACACCCUCAUCAGUAUUUCGUCAGAACCAAAACCAACAAAGGCCGGCCUCUGCCCUUGACCUUCCAGGUCUCCAAAGCGCAAGUCGCGUAUUGCACGACCAGUUCAUCAAGGAUGCCCAGAUAAUACCAGAUAUCGGUGACAUGCUUACCACCCCUGGUGGGCAGUCGUCAGCACUCUAUAGUGUCUUUCCCGACGACUACCGGGCACCAUUUCAGAAGAGGAGGCUUGUAGGCAUUCCUGAAGCACUGUUUCAGUAUUAUAACACUACCAACGUUACUUCACACAUGGGUCUAAUACCCGAAAUUGAGCGUGUAUGGAUAUCAAUUGAUCAUAAGCUAUUUCUUUGGGAUUAUAUUGAGGGCCAAGACAUAAGCUCCUUUGUCGACCAACCGGACGUCAUCACGCAUGUCGCUGUCGUAAAACCAAAAGUCGGCGUCUUCGUCGACGAAAUCACAUCCGUCAUGGUCAUUUGCACUCCUGUAUCCGUUCUUUUAAUUGGGUUGUCCAUGUCCACCGUCAUUGGUACCAAUAAUCGCUCCCGCAAAGAAAUCAGAAUGUAUGCAACAGACAUGACAGUUUCGACUGACAUCGAAAUGACCUCUGUUGUGGGGAUGUCCGACGGGCGCAUUUUCAUGUGUGGUUCUCAAGAUGGCUGUUUGUACGAACUGCACUAUCAACAGAGCGAAUCUUGGUUUUCGAAACGGGUGCAUAUAGUCAACCACUCUGUUGGAAGUGUACAGAGUCUGUUCCCGAGAUUCACCUCACCAAAGUCGGAAGACCGUAUUGUUGCUGUGAUCUCGGAUCCAAAACGCAAUUGCUUCUAUACCCUGUCUGCCAGGAACUCGAUAUCUAUCUACCAGGCCAGCAGCGAGAAGGCUGUGCACCAUGUGCAAACUAUGUCGAACCUUUACAAGUCUGCGCAAGAGAAGGCACCUGGUUCUCCCGCUCUUACCCCUUCAAACUUCCAGAUCGUGGCUCUACAUGUCCUAGACCUGGGUGAAUCGCGAACAGGGGUUCAAUUGAUAGCCAUCACCAUGAACGGUGUACGCUUGUACUUCUCUCCAUCAACCUCGACAUAUGGGUUUUCAUAUGGGCCAACCCCAAGUGCUGCGGGCGGUGUGCGACCUCUACAACUCAUUCAUGUACGACUUCCACCCCCAAAUCUAUUGCAUCCAGACGAGCAAUCUAGUCCCCAUCGUCCUGCUUACAACAGCUCCACCCGAAACUCUCCUCCACAACCUCCAUCCCGUCCCUUCAUCGUGUCAGGACUUGAAAACUCGUGUUAUUUGGAUGGACUAAUGGUCUCAGCUCAGCCUGGUGAUACAGAUGGGACAGACUUUUUGCUUUGCACCGCGCCUGAUCUCACUCGAAUUGGCUCGCUCGGGCAACUGAAUCCGCCAUCGCAACUACAACCAUCCCAGCAACCAAUAUAUGGUCCCUCAUCAUAUGGGACUGGAGCAAAUCAACGACCUCCUUUAACUGAAUAUGCUACCUUGCUAGCCAUCCCUGUUGCUCCUUCACCUCCUGUCACAAAUGAACUCGCAACACAAUUCUCCGAGCCUUCACGACAAUUUAUGAUCCUCACGAAUGUCGGUCUCACAUUUUUGAUCAAAAGGCGAGCUUUGGACUAUCUCAAAGCGGUCAUAGAAGAAGUCCAGACCGAGGGAGUGGUGCAGCCAAUAAUUGAGUUCAGAGACAGUUUUGGAAGAGACCAGACAUGUGCCAUGUUACUCGGUCUUGCAAGCGGGAAUACUUUCCUGGAUGCUGGAGAGCCAUCGACAAGUGGCACACUCUGCACAAUUAGUCCCGAUAUUGCCAACGUUGCUAAGCAAGCGUUUUAUGAUUUUGGCGAGCGACCAAUCUGGACAGAACGAGUGACUUACGGUACAAGCGACAGUUCUGGUAGUGCCAUCUUUAGUGGUCGAAGGGAGGGCUUUGCUAUAUACUUCGCACGUCUAGUACGGCCACUGUGGAAAGACAAGUUAACAAAACCAGGCCCCCCUGGUUUGCAACAGUCGAACUUUGAGGAUAACCUUUUGGUAACUGUACAGAAAAACCUUUUCGCACUGAAGGAGUUCCUAGAUAAAAACCCUCACCUAUUCCACUCUGCUCCCGGAGAGCAUUCAGUAUCGCGGUCGUCAUCUGGCAAUGAGCAAGAAGCUUGGAAGGCUGAGCAAAAUUCUGUUUCCCAGCUCCAAGCGCUGUUAUCCAGGACAAUCGAAGCAAUAUCUUUCAUACUUCUGUUGAACGAUUACAGGCUGGGGGAGCUGACAGCCCAGUGCGAUCCUGAUACGCAAAAGUUGAUCACUUCCAUGACAUUUGAAGACCUUAUUACUUCACAAAAUGGUGUCACGGCUGCACGUGCAUUGAUCGGUCAACAGAUUAGCGUGGAUACAAUCAGUGAGGUACUACAGCAACGCUGUGGCUCGUUUUGCAGCACAGACGAUGUCAUGCUGUACAAGGCUCGUGAAAGUGUUCGUAAGGCUAUGGAGUCACGAAAUCCCUCCGAACGUCAUAACUGGCUCGGCGAAUCUCUGAGACUGUUUACCAAGGGUGCACGGAUGCUAGACUUUGACAAAAUUCGCGAAGUUUGUGGUGAAUACCAGCAGCUCGGUUAUGCCAAAGGAGCUGUGGAACUUCCAUUGAGUUGCGCCCAGGCACUAGACCCUGAUAAUCUGGGCCUCGAGUACUGGUAUGCGGCAUGUCCGCCAAAUGACAUCCGAAAGGAGUAUUGCGACAGACGACUCAAGUGUUACGACCUUGUCCUGCAUUCUCUGAGCGUCUUUGAGGAACAAGCCUCACAGAGUCCUUCUGUAAAAGGGUCAACGUCAAACGCAAUUGACGACCCCGAAGCUAUCCGCAGCCAUGCCUAUGACCUUGCAUUUUCCAGCGAGGACGAGAUGUUUCACUCUACGUUAUAUGAGUGGUUAAUUAACCGUGGUCUUGCUGACGAGCUUUUGGCGAUGCGGCCUCCAUUCCUGGAAGCCCACCUGAAGCGGGAACCGAUCACGGUGCCCAAGUAUCAGCUUUUGUGGCAAUUCUAUGUGAAAGACGGUCAACCGUUGCGCGCCGCAGAGAUACUUGCUGUCCUAGCAGAGUCUGAUACUGACUUGCUGUUGGACAAACGCCUCGAGUACCUGACACUGGCCGUUGCCAAUGCGAAGUCUCAUCCCGUGACCAUCGGUGGCAGGCACGAGACUGCUAUUUCUUUCCUUACCAAUCUCGAAGAAAAACUGGACGUUGCUCAAGUACAGCUCGAGGUAUACAAUACCCUCUUACCUCAUAUGAACGAUCCUGGAGAAGCUGGAGAGAAAAUAAAGUAUCUCAGCAAGACCUUGUUGACCAUGUCGGAGCUGUAUCAAGUUUAUGCGGAACCAUUCGAUCUACCGGUCAUGAAGCUCUUGAUCUUGCAUGUCUCUGAUCAUCACGAUGAACACGUUGUCCGUCCUAUAUGGGAUAGGAUAUUUGAUGAUGCAAUUGAGAAGGGUGCGGAUGCACAAACCAAUGCCGACCACAUCAUCGCAAGUGUUGUUCCACUAGGGAAACGGUUUUACCCCUCCGAGAGUGCCUUCCCCUUGAAGUACAUUGCAUCGUUGUUGGUCACAUUCGCUCUCAAAAACAGGACACAACUACCAAACGGUUGGAGUCCUCGGGUGCUUGUUCAGUGUGGCGUUCCUUACGGGGAUGUGUGGGAUGUACUCCAUGAGAUGUAUGAAUCACAGAUACCGCCUUUCAACACGCAAAGCGGCGUGCAAGUCGUAUCCGCUGAUAUUGCAAUUCUUUUAAAUGACUGGCUCGAGGAGGCAAAACGCCCUCAAUCCUCAGUUCCCCGAGGAGAAUUCCCUGUUGGCAGAAUAGAUCUUGCUGUUGGGCAGUAUCUGGCGGAACUAGGUGCCAAUCAGGCGGAGACAAAGGCAAUUUAUGAAGGAAUCAAACGUCAGCUAAGAAGAAACUGGUAG